AACAGCGACAGAACAACGAUGACGACUACGGAUCUUACCACCAAGUACAACAUCAUCGAUGAAAAGCCACCCUUUAAUGCACCGUUAAAGGGUCAAUACAAGCAGGGAUUCGGUUACUAUACAAUGCGCGAACGAUUGCCCGUCAUCCUGACGCAGGUGAUCGAUCAGCUGUCCAAGGAUAAGGAACAGAUUGUGGAAAACUUUGGCGGUGAAACGGCACGGGAAGAGCUGAAGGCGGCGAUCGGUGAAAUAUCGAAGCUUAAGUAUGAACUGCAAACGGAUAAAGAUUUCCGCCCGAUACGUACGGCGCACGGCGAUGAAACGGUGUGGAACAGCUUCAUCGAGGGACUCGGGCAGGAUAAUUCGUACUUUUCGGCCUGCUGGCUGUACGCGGAGACUUACAUGUACCGUCGGUUGAAUAACAUCUUCGAAAACACGAAAACUCUUAACAAACUGGACUACUUUCAGCAGCAAAAGCAUAAAGCGCUUACCAAUUCGUACGAUGCGAUGGUUGCAGUACUGCGCUCCAUAGAAGCAUUCAACGGAGAGCCGAAAACGACGGAAGAAAUUGGUUUGUUCUUCCGUAAGUUGUUAAAGCUAAACCUUUGGGGUAAUCGGUGCGAUCUUUCAAUCAGUGCUGGCCAGGACGUGAAACAGGAUGGCGAUCCAUUCAGUUUGCUAGACUCGCUGGAAUCGUGCAUCGUUGCUGACCAUACACUCGACAUCUGGAAGUGCAUCGCAGCCGACCCAGCUGCUUCCGGUAUCGUCGAGAUCAUCAACGAUAACUCCGGCUACGAGCUGUUCACCGAUCUCUGUCUGGCCGACUUUAUCGUACACCACAAACUCGCCCCCAAGGUAUGCUUCAAUGUGAAAGCCAUACCCUGGUACAUUUCGGACGUUACACCGAAGGACAUGCAGUGGACGCUCGAUACACUCGCCGCGCACGAAACGCAACCCCUGUUGGCACAGUUCGGUACACGCCUCAAGACUCACUUCGCAUCCGGAAUGCUCGAGAUGCGUCCGGUUGAUAAUUUCUGGACCUCGCCGUACGAGUUCUAUCGCAUGCGGGACAUUGCACCGGCACUAUACGACAAGCUGUCCGAGGCCAAACUGCUUGUGUUCAAGGGUGAUCUAAACUAUCGUAAGCUGCUGGGUGAUUUCAACUUCCCCUACAGUACACCGUUUCUGGACGCACUGCGAGGCUUUUUGCCAACGAAUCUGUGCACGUUGCGUACGGUAAAGGCGGACCUGAUCUGUGGACUGCCGGAAGGUAUGGCCGAUGAGUUGACCCGCAAGGAUGCUUCCUGGAUGGUGACAGGAGAGUAUGGUGUAAUACAGUUUGCCGGAAAAUGACCACA